CGGCAGUAGUGCUGCGCGAUCAGCGCCUCAGUGCCUCCACUCGCUUCGUGCGCGCCAUAUGUCUACGCAUUACACGUACGUUAGUUACAAAAAUAAAUAAAAAAACUCCCGAAACUCUAGUGUCUGUGUGAAAUCAACAUCGUGCUGUAAUCGACGGAAGCGGCCGCCGGUUUGUAGUGAAUAAGGAGCCGAAUUCCUUGAGCAGAAAUCAAUCAGCUUACCAUGAUAGGAGCAAACCAACUAAAAAACUGCAAGUGAACGGUGAAACAAAUUAAAUUAUACAGAUGACCUCACAGUGAUUAAAAAAACUAUAAAUAAAUAGACUGGUGAUAUGAGUCGGACAGAACGGUGAUAUUUAAUUAGCAGUGUCCAGCGAGACAUGUUGCCAAGUAUACAGUGAGUGCGUGACCAGCAGGCUAGUAGCCAUGGAGAGCGCAGUGCUGGGCAGCCCGGGCGGCGGGGGCCGAUUCCGGGCGCACCUGAAGAACGCGGCGAGCGCGCUGUGGACGCGCACGCUGCCCAAGCAGAGGAGGAGCGAGGGCGCGAGCGCGGGCCCGGCGCGCCACCACACGUACCCGCGCGUGCAGGGCAAGCGCGCGCCGCUGGCCUGCCGCCUGCAGCGCGUGGCGUGCGAGCCGCCGCAGCAGCCGCCGCCGCCCGCCCCCGCAGCGCCGGAGCCCCUCACCGCCGUUCACUAUGAUAUCAUCGACGUCGAUAUGUCUACCAAGCCGAAUGGCGUCGUCAAACUCAAAGGAACAUUGGCCAGGGAGGUGGCGAGCGCGUGGGGCAGCCGCGUGGGCCGCCCCGACCAGCCCGCGCCGGCCGACCGCGUCCAGAGCCUCUUCAACGACAUAGAACUAUAUCCCACUAAGACUCAAGUGUUCGAGAUGCUGGUGUGCGCGCGGCAGUGCACGCGGCGUAAGUCGCUCACGCUCACCUUUGGGGAGUUCAGCGUGUUCGCCGCGGAGCUGAGGCGAUGCUCGCGGCAAGCGAGGCAGGCGCCGCCCAAACCUGAAUCGCCGCAGUGGAGUACGGACAAGGAAGCGGCGUGCAAACACGUAAACGGCAGCGAGGCGUCGCCGGCGCCGUGCGAGGUGUUCCUGGGCGGCUCGUGCAACCCCACCACGUGGCGCUCCGACAUCGCCAUCCCGAUGCUCAAGCAGAUGGGCAUCACGUACUUCAACCCGCAAGUGGACGACUGGUCCAAGGAGCUGAUGGAGGUGGAGCACCGCGCCAAGGCGGAGGCGCGCGCGCUGCUGUUCGUGCUGGACAGCGAGACGCGGGCCGUGGCGGCGGCGGUGGAGGCCGCGCACCUGGCCGCCGCGCCGCGCGACCUGCUGCUGGUGCUGCGCCCCUACUCGCGCCACCAGACCAUCGCCCGGGAGACCAUCAGCGACCAAGAGUACGUGGAACUGUCGCGAGCGCGCGCCACCCUCCAAGAGGCAGUGGAGCGUCGCGGGCUGCCCGCCUUCACCGACAUCCCGGCGGCCCUGCGCUGCGCCCGCGCGGUGCUGCGCGGCGCCCGCACGCACCCGCGCCAGUCGCUGGGCCACACCAUCCUGCGCCUCAAGCGGGCCUUCGACGCGGCCGGCGGGCGCGCGGGCCGCCUGCCUCGCGCGGCGGCCGCGGCGGCGCUGCGUGACGUCACCCGCGCCACCCACGACCGCGCCGAGCGCUGCCUCGCGAGCCACGACCAAGUCGACUUUGAGACCUUCUGCGCGGCCGUCGCCGAAUUAGCCGCUGAUCCCGUGAACGGACACGAGGCGGAGGCGGCGGCGGCGGCGGACACCACGACGCGCGAGCCCGCCGCCCACAACGAGCGGCUCCGGGCUUGCGGGAAGAAACUCGGCCUCUUGAUACCCAAGAAUGGCGGCAACCGCACCGAGUCCACGGAGGGCCCCGGCAGCGGCGACUCGGUGUUCACGCCGGGCACGGAGCGGCGGCUGCAGCGGCUGCCGGCCAUGCUGGGCGCGCCCACGCACGACGUGUACCUGGGCGGCGCCUUCCCCCCAAGCCAAACGCGUCCGGAAGAGUUAUUACGGCGCGAGGGAUUCACAUACGUGAUACCGCGCGUGAACGACUACACUCGCAUGUUCUCCGCGCCGGCGCGCCGCACCGCCCCCGCGCACCCCGAGUCCCCCCGCACGGACAAGAAGCCCCGCCCCUCGCUCGACAGGCCACGCCCCUCCGACGACAAGCCACACCCCUCGGACGACCAGCCGCGGCUGUCGGACGAUGAAGAAGUGGAGCUGAGAGAUAAGAGUAGGGAGGAAGUGUUUGAACCGUCGGAUCGGCUCAGCGCGUCGGAUUUCUAUACGGUUAAUGAGGACGUCACUCCGCAACCUUUUAAAGGCACAUACGACGAGGACCUGCUCCUCGGCUCGCGCAUGCUCGUGUUCUCCCUGAACGGAGAAGCGCCGCACCUGGCGAGCAUGGUGCUGGCGGCGCACUACAUGGGGUUGCGGCCGCACGCGACCGUGCUGGUGGUGCAGCCCAUGGACCCCGCCCACUCGCACCCGUACAGCGAGACGGCGGUGAAGGACUUCAACCGCGGCCGACACUACCUGGCGGACCUCGCGCACCGCUCCGGCGUGCCCGUGUUCGACAGUACCGAGGCCGCCAUCAACUGCGUCGUGUCCCGCCUGCGCGCCACCGCCGUGCCCAAUAGCAGCACCUCAUGAGUGUAGCUGUGAACUGUAGCCAGGCAGACAGCACUGAUUUCCAAGGAGAUAUUAGUAUGUUGGGUAGCGUGUUAGCUUACCAAGCUAAAGUUAACGAGCUGUAAUUUGGCGGGUUCUAUCCAGUGUAUUUGUAAGGUUGAGGUCAGUGCAGAGCCACCCCUCACGCUGACACUGAAUCUCAAUAUGGUGUGUUGAAGCGACGUGUGGACUGCGGGCGGUCGCUUAUCACAAAUACGUAAUAAAGACAUCACAAACAUCACCCACAGCGUUUGUUCAGGCAGAGUCUCAUGUAUUCGUACUUAUUAAUGUGAAGACGAUUAGUUUAGUACAAAGAAUGUCUCUCUUUUAUUUAGGCACUCUCUAUUGUAUUAUACUCCAUUGCCUAUAGGCACUAAAACUUUAAUGCAAUUUUAUCUAAGAUGGAAUGAUUGAGUGAGAAUGGAAGGUGAUGGUGUUAGGGUAUAAUGAUGAGGAUUUAGCAAAUCUCUGUGAUGAAUUUGUUUAGUUAAUUUUAAUAUUGUGAAUUUUCAAUGCAUAAGCAUAUAGUUGUGUAGGUUGGAACUACUAUGUUGUUUGUUGGCGAGCAAGGCCCGGGUAAUAGCAACCUUAACAUCCUAAUAACCUUAACAUGACAAAAUGCACGUGUCAAUACGUAAUGUGUGAAGUGGUCGGAUGUCCAUUCACACUGGAUGGGUCACUACCUUGUAUUGGCAUCGUGCUUCACUUUUAGAUAUUAAGAUAAUGUUUUAUUAUAUUUUACUUGCGAGCCCUGCUUCAAUGAAAAGUACAAAUAACUUGCUCAUAUAGCACGUACUAGUGAAUAAUAUUUUUUUAAAAGCUAAAUUGUUACACUGGUUUUAGUUUCUUUUAAUCUGCUACUAGUUAACUAUGAAGUUAAGGUUCGUUCUAUUUCCCUAAAAUUACGAGUUAUGUAAGGAAUGCUUGCUAAUUAAUUAAUUGAUUUAGGCUCCUGAAGUCUCGAUUUUAAUUACCUAAAUUAGGUACCAUUGUAGAUUAAUAAUAAAUUUAAGUUUUCACAACACGACCCACUGCUACUAAACUUAGAAAUUGUAUUUCAGCAAAUAUUAUUUGCUAGUCACACAUUUACAACCCAUUAACAAUGUAUAAGUACUUUGUAAUAUUGUGUUUAAUAGUACAAAUAUCUAAUUUAUAAAAAAAUAUUUCAUAUAUUGUUUGUAAUUUUACGCCAUGUACGCUUAUUUUAAACUAAAACAUCACAUAUGUAAAUAGAGAAAUUUGUAAUUA